UUUUUACCGGAAGGCGGAUUUCAGUCACUAGUCUAUUUAUUAAAGUUGUGACAACUCAACUAAUUGAGUUGUCUUCAGUUCAUGAACUUGGUUCGCGUCUAAUCGCUUGCACUCGGUUCGGGGUGUCGGGAGAGAACUAGGAUGUCUGCGGUGAAAGCGCUGCAACAGUGGUGUAAGAUCCAGGUCCAGGGCUACAGAGAUGUCACUAUCACCAAUAUGACAACUUCUUUCAGGGACGGGAUGGCUUUCUGCGCCCUCAUUCACCGAAACAGACCCGACCUCAUUGACUUUGAUUCCCUGAUGAAGGAGAAUGUUUAUGACAACAACCACCUGGCGUUCCGGGUAGCGGAGGAUGAGUUGGGGAUCCCAGCUCUGUUAGAUGCUGAGGACAUGGUGGCCCUAAAGAUACCAGACAGGCUCAGUAUACUGACAUACGUCUCUCAAUACUACAACUACUUCCAUGGGAAAUCACCUAUUGGCGGCAUGGCGGGGAUAAAGCGUCCAGCGGAGGCGUCCACAGAACAGGGGCCUUCUGGGAAAAAGAACCAAGCAGUUGUCUCGAAGGUCUUCCCCGCCUCUAACCCCUCUAAAUCCACUACUGAGAACCGCCCUCCGCCCUCCUCCUCACCCAAAGCCUCACCCAGACCAGACAGGCCAGCACAGAAGGAUGUGUUGUCGGAGCGCUCCAAUAAGACAGGGACUCUGACCAGUAAGUGUUCCGUGUGUAAUAAACAUGUUCACCUGGUCCAGAGACACCUAGUGGAUGGGAGGCUGUAUCACAGGAACUGUGCCAAGUGUAGUGAGUGUUCCAGCACCCUGCUGUCUGGUAACUGUAAACCUGGAGCAACACCUGGCUCCUUCAUCUGUACCUCCCACCACCACCCCGAGGGGACGACGCCAACACACACCCCCCUCCGAGACCUGCCCAAAUACACCCCUCACCCCCCUCCCACUGUCAAGACCACCCCUCUCUCAGACCUCUCCAGGAAUAUCCCGGCCCCAAAUACACACUGGCUGAGCUCCAAAUCAGACGGAUCCAAAACCACUAGCCCCUCUGCCGCCACCUCGGGGCCCAGCCCGGGGCUCUCCUCCUCGCGGCCCAGCCCGGGGCUCUCCUCCUCGCGGCCCAGCCCGGGGCUCUCCUCCCUGGGCAUAGUGAGCCCUGCAGCCUCUGGACCCACCGCAGCUCCGCGGAGCUUCAACACUACAGCUGCCACCACCACUCCCACAGCAUCCAAGACCCAGCAGGCCCGGCUGCAGUUCUUCCAGCCUGGGAACAACACCACCACUGGGCAGGAGAACCAGGGCAAGACCCAGACUUGGGGACAGGGUCUACCCACAAAUAGAGUCCUGAACGCGGGCACGCAGGGGACAGUAGUGGGUGUUGGUCAGGGCGUGAGUGUGGUAGUGAGUUUGGGUGGCGGUGGGAUAGGGGUUAAGGGAGGGGAUGUGGUUGUAGGUGGGGGUACAGGUGGAGACAGGGAUGUGGUUCAGGAACUGAAGAAGACUGAGAACAGAUCUCCCUCUCUCAGACCUGCCCCUGCUGAAACACCUAAGAAAGAGACUCCUAAAAAGGAGGCGGGGGGCAGAGUUAAGCUAAAAGCAGACCCCUCUCUCCUCGCCCCCCUCUCCCCCAACACACACACCUCCAGCCCCACCCCGACCCCCAACACCCCUACCCCCACCCCCACCCCGACCCCAGCCAGCAGAACAGGCCUGUGGAACAAAACCCUAGAUAUGGCACCCAGAGCUACUCCUCCCAACAACUCUCUGGCAGCAGCAGACAACAGCAGCUCUCCUGCUGACUGGAGGUCCAGCCUCAAACCUGCCUCCAAGCCUGCAGGUCCUAAAGAAUCCUCUCCCCUCCACACUGACAUUAAGAAGGCUGAAACCCCCUCUCGGCCCUGGGCAGGUGGAUCAGGAAACCCCCAGGCUUCAGGCCCUACUGGGUCUACUCUGGCCCCCUCCAUCCCUCCACAAGCCUCCUCACCCAGCCCGCUGAACACCGGCCCUGGGACAUGGGGCUUUUUGACUGGAAAGAGCUCAACGACCGCUAACGGCACCAAGACUGACACCAAGACACCUAAACCAGGUAAACCGGACUACAUCCCGAAGGAAGAGAUCCUGAGAGAGCUUCAGGAGAUAGAGGACAGUGUUAAUGAGCUGGAGAGGAAAGGAGUGGACCUGGAGAAACAACUACGGGCCUGUGAAGAGGAGGGAGAAGAGGACGUGGUGAUGGAUGACCUGAUGGUGGAAUGGUUCAACCUCAUCAGAAACAAACAGGUGUCCAUGAGGAGAGAGUCUGAACUGGUCUAUAUAGCGAAGACACAGGACUUAGAGGAACAGCAGCCCAGUGUAGAGCAGGAGCUGAGGAGACUCAUGGACAAACCUGAGCGGCUGAAGACGUUGUGGGAUCGUCGUAGAGAAGAGGAGUUGAUGGCCAAGCUAGUGGAGAUCGUCAAUGACAGGAACGCCAUCAUAGACGGACUGGACGAUGACAGACUCAGGGAGGAUGAGGAAGAUGAGCAGCUCAAUAAGAUGAUGAAGACCCUAGACACAAAGAAAGAGAAGAAGAAGAAGUCUGGCUUCAAGUUGUUUGGUUGGAACAAGAAGGAGGGAUGAUUCCAUGGGGACGGACUCUGGGACACACUGUUACACUGCUUUAGAUGUGGUUAUUACGGUUUGAUAGUUGAUGUAUUGAAGUCUGUUAACUCUCUGAUUCAUUAUUACUGUUGGUUAUAGUUGAUGUAUCGAAGUCUGUUAACUCCCUGAUUCAUUAUUACUGUUGGUGAUAGUUGAUGUAUUGAAGUCUGUUAACUCUCUGAUUCAUGUGUCUAUAAUACACUCCUGACUUGUGACCCAUCAUUCUCAUCCAUGUACCCACACUGUCCUCCCGGUGUCAAGCUGACACGCAUUACAACACUACACACAGCACAUCCACACUGUGUCUGUCUGUCUAAUGUGUGUGUGUAUGUGUGCUCGUGUAUGUGUGUGUGCGCUUGUGGUUAGUUAAUCUGUAGGAUGGGGAUUAUGUAGGGUUUAGAAGAUAUCAAAGGAACUAUGGCCUCGCUGUCUAAUAAUGACUCACUGCUAAUGGCUUACAUCACUCACUCAACCGUGUGUGUGUGUGCCCUCGCCCAUGUCUACAAGCUACAGAGAGAAAUAGUGUUUUGUUGAAGAGGGGUCAGCCAACUCUCUUCUUAUGACAUAGUAAUCAUCAUGUUUCUCUAUAGCUUCAUCUAUCCAUGUGAUGGUUUAUGUUAUCUUCUGACUCCAGAUCAGAUGUUAGCUCUGUAAGCGCCCCCUAGUUCAUGUUUUAUAAUGUUAUGUCCUGACUCCAGAUCAGUGAUGAGUGUCUUAUGAGCUUUUAUUAAGCAGCGUUUUGCAUUGAUCAAAGUUAAUGUGUAUAAAUGCUGACCCUUCAGCCGAAGGGUUUUUAUUCAGUAUAAGAGACUUGCUUUUACCACAUCACAUUACUAUUCUGUUAAUGAUCACAUUCCUAUUCUGUUCUAAUGAUCAGCAUGGUGCCUUAGUGACGUCACAUUCCUAUUCUGUUCUAAUGAUCAGCAUGGUGCCUUAGUGACGUCACAUUCCUAUUCUGUUCUAAUGAUCAGCAUGGUGCCUUAGUGACGUCACAUUCCUAUUCUGUUCUAAUGAUCAGCAUGGUGCCUUAGUGACGUCACAUUCCUAUUCUGUUCUAAUGAUCAGCAUGGUGCCUUAGUGACGUCACAUUCCUAUUCUGUUCUAAUGAUCAGCAUGGUGCCUUAGUGACGUCACAUUCCUAUUCUGUUCUAAUGAUCAGCAUGGUGCCUUAGUGACGUCACAUUCCUAUUCUGUUAAUGAUCAAUAGUUGAGACAGAAAUGUGCCCAGUUUUAGUAUUGUGGAGAAACUAUGAAGUGAAUGAUUUGACCAGGAAAUGGAUGCGUGAAUUAUUUGACCAGGAAAUGAAUGAGUGAAUGAUUCGAUCCAUAUUGGAUUUGAGAAUGAAUGUGCUGUUCAAAAUGGCUGAUACCUGAGUCGUCAUUGAGGGGAGAAUUUCUAAGAUAACGGCACUUUUAAUAAAUGGCAAGAGUGACUGUUUUCUUUUUAGAUGGUUGUGGGAGAAUUUAGAUCAAUUCUUAUGCGCUUUUAUGAUUCGAGGCAAUUGUUAAACGUCAUUUUUUUGGGGGUAUAAUUUGUGAGCUGAUUUGUGGUUUAUGAGAAUGGAGGAUUGUCUUUCUAAUUCAACACACUGAUAUUAAAUGAGCUGUAAUAAACUGUGGAAUGCAGACUACAGUUGGACGACCGUCGGACCAAAACCACUAAAAGCUAAUAACUGAUCCUGUGUUCCCUCUAUGUUCCCAUGUGUCUCCCUUUAUGGACUGUCCUGUAUCUAUGCACUGUUUAUUUCUGAUAUCGCCAUUUUUUUCUUUCAAUAAAUUCAAUAAUGAUGGAAAAUGUUAA